AUGGCUUUAUUUGGGUCAGCAACAUUGGAUAUGAUCUUGUUUUACAUCUUCAUGAAUUCUUUGUUACCAGCAUUUAGCAAAGAAUAUCUUGAUGGCACGAAAAGUUUAAAGCGACAUGCAGGAAAUGGUUUGGCUUUUGCUAACUUUGCUGUUCACAAAUUUCGCCACUUAAACAUCACCCCCUUGGUCUCUGCUUCCGUGAAAAAUAUUAAAGACUGCGGUAGACUUUGUGUCGAUCAUUCAUCGUGUUUUUCCGUCAAUUUUGCAGCGUUCUUUCACGAGGAAGGACUAAUUUUAUGUGAGCUUCUACCAAGCGAUAAAUACAACAACUCAGACAAGUUUCUUGACAGCGUUGUGUUCCAUCAUUUAAGCAUAAAGGUAAGCUUAAAACGGCAAAAAUAAAAAAACAAAAGACAAAAAACAACUCAUGACAAAGUUACGUAAAUUUUAUUCAUUACAGAUUCCGUAUCAAUUUAAUAUCCGCUGUCAGGUUCAGUAUCUUUUUUCAUUAUUUUGAAAAGUUGACAAAAAAAAUGCGAGUUAUAUAUAGAUUAUCCUUUCAAUAUAACUCGAAAUGAUUGUAUAGCAUAAGCUUGGAAUACUUUCACGGGUUUAUAACCAAACAAUUCAACGACCUGCUCCCAGUUGGCUUAUUAGCUCAAUUGAUACGAGCGCUGCACCAGUAUCACAGAGGUCAAGAGUUCGAAUCCCAGUACAAGCCUGAACUUUUUUCAGGCUUUCUUUUCGCAACCGCAAAAGUUGCGUCUAUAACUGCGAUGAUCCUCUUUCAUGUAAUUGAUUUUUUUUUAUUAUCAUAACUUUGGAGCUAGUUAUUUAGAGGUAGUUAUUAUUCAAUGUAUUUUGGAUUACGCAAUCCAGUAAAUUCAAAUUACUCUUACUUAAUAGUCAAUGAAUGGUCACGCUCUCCGUAAAGGAAUCUGAUUCAAGCAGAUUUAAGGGUAAAUAUGCCUGGAAAAAUCUUUUUGCUAUGUUUUACACAUUCAGUUUGGUUUGAUAUUCAGAGCUAAGAUAUCCAUGUUCUGGUAAAUCAAAAGGAGGGGCCAAUUUCCUUUUGAAGUUAAAACUUUUGCCCCUUUUUGUUGAAACUAAUUAGGCGGUGUCCCAGUUAGAAAUUUUUGGCAUUAUCAAAACAUGACUGCUUCCAACUGACAAAGUCAAUUUACUGCUUAGUUUCCAGUUAAAUAAUUCUAUUCAUGCCCGUGAGACGUUAUUAAUAUUUCAAAACUGCUUUUACAAUCGGGAGUAUAUGUUUUCUUAAUUUUGGGAAAGCACAUCUGUUAGGUCAAAUUUAGUUCUCAGGUGCCGGUUGUUCAGAGGGUAAAUAACACUAUCCACAAGAGAUAAAUAACUAUCCAAGGGGAAAGUAUUAGGAAAACCAAUCAUACUAUCCAGUGGUUUUUCCGAUGGAUAGCGCUGGCCCUUGGUCUUAACAUUCAAGAGGCAGAAUAAAUCCUUUUGUUUUCUCUAUAUAAAUUGUUAUCCGUUGCGAAAAACUGUAAGAAAAGAUGGCGGCCGAGUCAUUGAUAACAGAUCUCAUUCCGACAUGAGAACCUGCCAAAAGGCCUUUUCUUUAAUUUUUGCCCAAGCGAUUCUUUUUUUUUUUUAUUAUUCUUUUCUUCUUUUUAACCACGGUUAUGGUGAUCCAGCAAAUUUCUAUCUUUCAAAAGAUGUGUGGUGGGAAACUCUCGAGGAAAAAAGUAGGGACAUUCGAAAAAUAGUUAUUUAUUUAUAAUUUACUGUAAAACAGACUCCAUGCUCCAGUGACCCUUGCAUGAACAGUGGGACUUGUAUUGCAAAGUACGAAGAUGAUGAAUAUCACUGCGCAUGUGCUGAGGGAUUCCUCGGAAAAUAUUGUGAAGAAAAAGGUAUUUUAACUUCUGUUUCUAAAUGUUGCUUGUAAGUCUGGCCUCAGACUUUCUUGUCAGCAUCGAAAAUCACAAUAGCGAAGGAAAGGAGAGGAAAAUAAAUAAAGGAAGGAGAAGAACAGAAAAGGCAAUAGGCCACUUCCUUAAAAACUCCCGGAGGGGGGGGGGGCAGUCCGUUUUCUACGGGGAGGCUCCGCCCCGAGGUCCAGCCCCUUACCCUUUAUAUAUCAUCUUUGACAGAAAAGGUGCUCCUUUCGUAUUCCGUUCACUGACAAAUGAUACCCCUUUCAGAUACCUAGUUCUUUUAAUGCGCUGUUUUUAAAAUGUGAAUAAAUCACAAAACCAGAAAGUUUUCUCGACUUUUUCACCGUCAUAAAAUACAUGUUGUAAUCCUUCUGGGCCUUUUUACAGACCGAUUUGACAGAUUUCCCUUCCCUUUCAUAUACUCCCAGACUAGUGAAAUCCCUCACCCUUUAAUACCUGAAGCUUGAAAAAGGUACCGAGUACUCCUCCGUUAAAAUGACUAUGACUAACAUAUCAUCAUAUUAUCAUAACCUCAAACUGGGUCCCUUUGGUAUGUUGGAGGUGGGGGAACCCUGUGAUGGAAUUGCAUCCAGUUGGGAAAGUUGAAUUUCGGUCACGAGUGGACCAGAGGGCCAGACUGCCUCUCUACCUUUAUAUCUUACCCACAAAUACUCUACAAGUGUGAAAUUAUGCAAUCAGGCUGUAAGGUUGUGAAGGUCCCUACACUGACCACAAUUAAAAGUAAAGCGAGGGCGGGAUGAAUGAGAAGUAAGAUAGAUAUUCAAGUCAUUGGAGUAUGAAACCUUAUAGGGACCUUGAGAUACAACGGCGGCGAGUUAGCGACGGCAACGAAAACUUCAAAACAGCAAUAGGGUUAAUUAGCAAAACAACCACGUUGCACGUGCAGCACACUUUUUGUGUACAUUUCUUUAUCCUGCCGUCACCUGCACGACCUAAGACGUGAAAGUUUUGUGGAGGAUGGAAACAAGCAACAACAAAAUUUUCUUUCUCUUACUCUCUCUUGACUCCAGAAGAGUUCGCCUACAUUUGACAAAGAAAGUUAAUUGGAAUAACAACGAUGACGAAUUCACCUUUAAGCUAUCGCCGUUCAGGGAACUUAAGGUCCCUAAAACCCUAUAUCAAAACACUCUCGAUGAGGAAAAGUUUUGAAACCUUUUCUCAUUCUGAUUUUCCAUAUAAACUUGAAGUCACGUGAAAAUGUUUAAAAUUCAGUCAGGUUUGACUGUCAGGAUUGGAAGAAGCAAGGUGAUUUUUCCGAAGACGGUAUGUAUUGGUUAGACCCUGAUGGAGGAAGCCAUUCAAACGCGUUCCUGGCUUACUGUGACAUGACGUCAUACAAUGGAGGAUGGACCAUGUGUUACACAACUGAUGAAUUCACCAAACCCAAGACUGAAAUCACCUACAAUCCUGAGCUUCCUUAUGGAACGGAUGGGUACAGAACGAACUGCAACCAAAUUAAAGUAAGUGGAUUUAGUGAAUCUAUAAAGAAUUCAUUCUCAAGUUGGUGAAAUAAGAAGGUUUUUUAUUGUUAGAGUAAUGACACAUUGGGCGUUACAUUGUUAAUGCUGCACCUCUAAACAAUAUUGUAACUUUACAUAUCAGUUAAACAAACUGGGAAAGAAUUCUUCACUCUUUACUCACCUAAUUAUAUAUCAAGUUUUUGAACAAAUUGUAUUCUUAUCUUCGCAGUUUUUAUAAUUACUUAUUCAAUUAAUUGCCCUGGGCGCUUAUGAAUUUUUGGACCUUGAGAGUGGGCGCUUAUUAAAUUUUCACCAUUUUCAGCAAGUGUAGUAUGCAUUUUUUGCAACAAAACAAUAAAUGAUCAUAACAAAACGCGAAGAUGUAACAAUACAAGGUUUCUGUAAAGUACUUUGAAGAAAACGGAUCCGUCUUGGUGGAAGUCUCUUAUUAGCACUUAUUAUUUCAUUUUUUGUGUGUGUCGGAGGGGGAAGGGGGUAGGGUGGGGGUAGGGGUGGGCACUUAUUGAGUUUGCGUUGGAAGGGGAGGGCUGUGAAGUGAGGCUGGGCCCUUAUUUAGCAAUUUUAAAAUGAAUGAGGCUGAGUAGGAUAUGAAGAAUUAAGCAGAUCGAGGAGGGUGUUAUCCACCGAGGCUGACGGCCGAGAUGGAUAACUCCCUCCGAGAUCUGCUUAAUUCUUCAUAUGCUACGAGAGCCAAAUUCGUUAAUUGCUUUAUUUAAAAUAAUUCCUAGAUUAAAAGCACAGCUAAAACAUGCUUACCUGCAUCGAUGUUCAGUUCAUAUUCGAUAGUGUACGUUUAGGUUUGUCCAGCCCCACAAAUAUUCUCCAAAUAGCUGAUGUCGCCCUCCGAAUUGUCUUCUUGCUGUUUUUGCUAUGUUUUUAGCCAUUAUUUCGCCUAGUUCCAGCUGUAGUUUUUACUCUUGAAACAAGUGAAGUGUCCGCCAUUUUAGUUUUCACAAAGAAAACAACUCAACCUCAGCUCCCCAGGUCUUCUCGGUUAACGGUGCAUUAACCUGUAGAGGGCUGCAUUUUUGACGUCAUUUCCUCGUUAAACACAACUGGUAACUGGUUAUGGUGAAUUAUGCGAGUGCUUCUAGCCAAUCAGAAUUGGGGACAUAUUUUGAACGAAUAAUAAUAACUUUUUCUGCCUUUAAGAUGGGGGCUUAUUCGAGGUGGGCGCUAAUUCGAGGUUGGGCGCUUAUUCGAAUAAAUACGGUACUUUGUUUUACGUUAUUAGAGUAUUCUAUUGAUUGUAUUGUAUCGUUGUUUAGUCCAUCUAAUUCUUGGUUUGCAAAUACGUAACAAGGCGGCUAUGUUGGGGGUCAAUACAAUUGAAUUUUUUCUCGAAGAAUUUACAGUACAUGAAGAUAGAGUUUAAUUCCCAGAGGAGAGAAAUGCUUUGUUCUUGACUAUUGUCAUGGCCGCCGUGAUCUCACGUGUAAACCAGCAAUAGAUGAACCUUGUAUUGUAAAGAUGUCCUUCCUCCCCCGCCGCAAUUAGUUUAUAAGCUAUUCGUCGGUGGGAAAAUAAUGUUAUUAGUUAUAUGUUGAACCUCAAUAAAAUUUGUUGUUGUUGUUUGUUGUUGUGGUGGUGCAACUGUCAAAACAAUCUGUAUUCGUGGCCGAUUUCCCGAAAUCAUUGUGCUAAAGAAACCGUGCUGCACCUGUCAGGAGCGCAUAACUGAUCUAUUACUAAAUACUCCUACACUUAGGCUCAAGCGCGGUACCGUUUUUUUUUUUUAUCACAAUUAAUUCAAAUGACCGGAAAUCAGCCAGGAGUAAAGUUUGUUAUUCAUUGUUAUGACAGUUGUACCAUAACCUGCACAAGUAGCCUGUUCCAAGCGUUCUUAUCGUGGGAACGGGGCAGACGGCGCAAAGAGAUGUGUCGGCAGAAAAAAAACUGCGAGGUGGUGUAGAAGCAGCCUUCUCUCCUCGUUCCUCCCCGCUAAGGACUUUUCGCCAGGACUGAGACAGCUGUUUUAUGUGGCUAGAUAUCAUUUAGGUAAAGUUAAACUCGAGCGAGUUGGCCAGCGGUCUUCUCCCACUUCAGUAUGUGACCUACGGGGCGGCCCGCGGUGAAUUGCAGGGCUCAUUGUGUGCCCUUUUGCUAGUGUUGCUUUACAUUGUAGCUUGCUGAUCGUAGCGGAUCAAUUUUUGCCUUCUUGCGAAUCAUUGCGGAUUCUUGCUCCCUCUCCUCCCUCUCUGCCUGGUGGUUUGGUAAAUCAUCAGUUUUCUCAGGUAAGUAUUCUCUUAGGUAAGUAUCUCCACUGAAUUUAUUCAGUGUGACGAUGCCGGUUAGUGGCCGCUCUUGGGGUGGUUCCCGCUUCCAGGGUUGCCAUGGAUAUACCUCCUCUCUGCUUAUUGCAUUUGGCCCCCCACUAACCUUCAAGGCACCUGCUCCCAAGCUCAUUAUUAGCGAUGAGUUUAACGCAGGCUUGAGUUGCACCACUGCUGGCGCGCGUAAAGAGUUCUUUCUCAGUUUUUUAAAUUGAUAUUUAAUCUUCCAAUUUUGUUUAAGAGCAGCAUGCAAAGCAUUCCAUUUUGUGGUGAACCUUCAAAAAUUUGGAUUGUUAUCUUGAAGUUAGAAUAUCCCUAUCUCCCGGGAGGGAUACUCCUGGAAAUUCUUGGCUUGGGUGUGCCGCCCGGUUCUUAAAAUCCUGACCCUAUUUCACACCAAAAAAUGUCUUUUUCAGUCCUGGCGUCUAAAAUCCAUACCCGUUUUCAGACCUGGAGGUGGUCACAAAACGCAACAUAACAUUUUUAGAUAAAACAGAAAUUAUGUCGUCAUUGCUGAGAUUAAAACAGCAACAAAAAGAUUUCUUAAAAUCCAUUUCGAAUUCGUGUAUUACACUUUCUUUCUCAUUCAUGUGGAAUUGAAACGACGAACACAUUGAUACACAACCGUAGUUCCUUCGUAAAGUUAUUUGAGUUAGUUCAUUGAAAUAUUUUUGUUUUCUAACUUGCAUGCUAGAGAGAGAUCUUUACGUUUCAACUGAAACUGCAUGCGUUUUGCCUUUCUGCCGGACAAAAUCGAUCUAAGCGCGUCGAUUGAGUUAGAUUGGUUCGAUGCAGUUCGGUAAUCCGGAGAACUCACCGAAAAGUUUCAGUUCGAUUAUGUUCGAUCACCGACUUAAUCGAACAAAGAUCCGACUGAUAGUGCCCAAAAGAGAACCAAAACAACCAUUUUUGAAUAAACUUAACAUUCCUUAUCACUCAUUCAAAAUAUUUUCCCGAUUCUGAUUGGCUAAAAGCACACGCAUAAUUCACCAUAACCAGCUACUGAUGACCAAAUUUGGAAGAAUUUUGCGAUUAAUCAACCGAUGACGUCACACCGUUAACCGAGAAGACCUGGGGACGAGGUUGAGUUGUUUUGGUUAUGAAAACAAAAAUGGCGGACAUUUCAUUCGUUUCAAUUGUAAGAAGUAGGCUAAAAAAUAGCCAAAAACAUGGCAAGAGCAAGAAGACAACUCGAACGGCGACAUCUGCUAUUUGGAGAAUAUUUGCGGAGUUGUACAACCCUAAACGUGCACUAUGAGUCUGUCGAAGAUUAACUUAACAUCGAUGGUGGUGCGCAUGUUUUAGCUAUGUUUUUAAACAAGGAAUUGUUUUGAAUGAAUAAUAAAACAAUUAUUGAAUUGGGCGUUUGUAUCAUAUGAAGAAUUAUGGAGAUCUCGAAAGGGUGUUAUCCGCCUCGGCCUACGGCCUCGAUGGAUACACCCACCUCGAUCUCCAUAAUUCUUCAUAAGAUACUCAGCCUCAUUCAUUAAUUGUUAAUUAAUCAUUUCUGUUUUUUUUCCCCAAGUUUACUGAAAUUAUCUUUAUUGAUCACCAAACUGGGAAUAAGUCCUACUUCACAAAAGCAGGCGUUGGAAAGAUAAAGGCCGAUGGUAACUAUGGCAACAAAGCUGAUACCUAUGGAUUAUGGCACGGCUUCGGAUCAAUGAAUGAUGAUUACGAGUAUCAACUGUUGAUUUGUGAUGAUGAAUUUUACUCUGGUUUCCUCGUGUCUGGUCACCGCAAAAUAAUAGUAUCUGAACCAGGUUGUUACAAGGAAUGCAGUGAUUGGUGUGGUGAUUUCAAUUCGCCGUACUUUCGCACAGCCGCUAAUGGUUCAGGUGGUAAUGGCGUCGCGUUCAACACCAACGGACACCAGUCAUUAGCCAAUCGACUGAUCAGUGUUGGGCUGCGAUAA